CGUUGGAAAGAGAAAAAUGGCAAGGGAGCAAAAGAAAGGUGGUCCAUAUAUAUCAUAGCCCGUGCUCUUCAUCUACUCUUGAUGAAAGCGCACACAUUUUCUCUACUCUGAAAUCCAUCCGAAAUUCGUCACCUCUCUUCCCAAUUGCCGCAGUUUUCUGAUUCUUCAUCAGAUACUCCUCCUGAAUUCAUUUAUUUCCUUCUAUGUUCUGAGUUUUCGGGUUAUGGAAUCCACAAACUGUCAGCCUGUCUUCUCCGUCAAGCUGGGAUUUUGAUUCAGUUAUGGUUGCAAACAGAAUUUUUGAGAUAUAGCAGCCGAAAUCAAGCUUCUCCUGCUUUUUAAUUACUCUGCAGAAGUCCGGCUAUGCCUUCUCCAACCUUCCCAAUGUCCUCAUGCCUGACUUGCUCCAGCGGCCGAACCUGCCGGUUCGACCUAGACAUCCUCCCCAAUUCUCCUUGCUCCUCCCACUCCUCAGCUUCCUCCACUCUAUCAGAAUCUAGCAAUUCCACUCACUUUUUCAUCUCCACCAAGAGAAACAGAGCUCCCCGGAAACGGCCAAACCAAUGCUCCGCCGAGGCUGCCGCCCUCCUCUCCUCAAUCUACCCCAAACUCUUCUCCACCACCAAAAUCCAGAGAUCAAGUUUCCAUCUCAAACAACUCGCCGACGACCCUUUCCCGAUCCUCAUCCCUUCCUUCCCUAUUUCUAGCGGCGAUGCCGGCCUCCUGCUUCAAAACCUCCCCUCUCCAGCCAUGUCCCCUGUCCAGCACAAACCCACCAAGUCCCAAUACGCUAUAAUGAACAGCAACACAGAUUUUCAGUACCAGGAUCCGGGCUCCCCGGACUUUGAUGCGGAAUCAAUCCUCGACGAAGAGGCCGAGGAUGGAGGCAUCGACAGCAUCAUGGGAAAUCUAUCCAUGAGCAAAGAAAACAAUUGGGAUUGCCUCAAUUCUUCCAAUUCAAAUUCAAUCAUCGAUCCUCGCCUCGCAAGUCUGAAGAGUUUUGGCCUCAGCGGUGGUUUUAGGUUUUGCUUUGGCAUUUCAUCAAGCAUCAGGGGAGCAUUGAGGCAGUCCAAUGAAGGAGAGUGGUGGAGGUCACCGACGGUGGCUGUGAGGGACAUUGUUCCGACACUCAGCAUGCUCCCGGAGAAGGCUGUGAUUGCGGACAGCAAGCCAAAGAAGAAGAAGAUCAAGAAGAAGAAGAAGAAGAAAGUUGAGGAUUUGGAGGAAGCCAUAGAGAGAAAGUUCAAUAGCGCCGUCUCUCUGCCGGAAGAUGACAUUUUGAAGGCAAAGCUUGGGUUGAAGCUUAACUAUGAUGGCGUUAUCAAGGAGUGGUCCGGCGGUUCUCCAUUCUCCGGCGACACAAAGUUUCCCUACUCCGCCGCCCAAAUUAUUGGGCAGGUCAGCUUGGCUGAUAUGGAGGAUACUAGAGAUGCAGCUGCGAGAGAAUCGAGCAUGCAGAGGUACAAGGAGAAACGAAGGAAUCGUCUUUUCUCCAAAAAAAUCCGCUAUGAGGUUCGCAAGAGUAAUGCAAAUCAACGCCCUCGGAUUAAGGGUCGAUUUGUUAGGGGAGCUCUACUGCAGGAAGCAAUGGCAGAAAGAAGCACAUAAUAUCAUGAGCACAGUUUUUAUGUUUAGUGGGCCCAUAAUUACCCAUCUCUCUUUUUGUUUUGUUAUUAAGAGGUGAUCAGGAGAACACAGAAUCAAUUUGCAAUGAACAUUUUUGUUUUCUUUCUUUUCUUCAUAGGAUGUUUAUAAGGAAUUUGUGGAUUUGUUGUGCCAUGAGAAGGCAUCAAAUGUUUA